AUGAAGGCAUCCCUCCAUGGGCCUCACAGAACAGCACCUAAGGGUUGCCUAGUACUGUAUUGUUCUGUAAAAUCAUACCUACGCAAUAUAAAGUGUGUGGGUGGUGGCACUGGUGUAACAGUGUUGUCGUGUUGGCAGGGUGUGCGGGUGGUGGCAGUGGAGUGGACGCUACACGUGCUAGUUACUGGCAGUAGUGAUGGUCGGCUACGUGUGUGGAACCCUUAUGUACCGGAGGCGGCGCUGACUGCUCUGCCUCCUGCUCCUGGCCAGCCGCCCACUGACUUGCUGUUGUGUCCACGCCGACGUGUUAUAAUCUCCUGUGACGCUGAUGCUGUGGUGCGUGUGUACGGGGUGGAGGGUGGGCGGUGUUUACAGACCAUCAGGUUAUCAUUUCCAGGGGGAUCUGGCGGUUUGGCCCCGCGACCCCUCACCCUCCUAUCCAGCGGGCACCUGCUGGUGGCCUGUAGGGACUAUCUGGCCACCAUCACGCCCGUCCAGCGUCCUCACUCUCCUCCACACUACAACUCAUCACACAUGUCAAGACGUUAUGUGAGUUGGGAAGGGGAAGUGAUGAGGGUGACAGCGAGCGCGAUGAGGACGACGCCUCCACCCACGACAAUGAUGAGGAAAAUCAGCUGUUUGAGGAUGCUACGCUUAUGUCAUCAGAUGAAAGGAAGGAACGUGCAUCCAUGCGUCACCUUAGCGUCAAGGAGCUGCUUUCUGCUGCCUCAAGUUGAAUGACAUAUUACCCUCGCCUGUCCCCUGACUUGCCUUUGCCGUCCCGUUUGGCAGCCCUGGGGUUAACAGCCAGUGACCCAGCUGCCCUGCUGGCUCACCUGCCUGUAUCUAGGAUCACCACAUCUUUCACGUCUGGCUCACCACAACCUUCAGCUACAUCACCCACACUCCGCCCCAUGUCCACCACCUGGUUCUCACGCCCACAGUCCUCCCGUAAGCCUUCCAGAUCUAAGUCACCUGGAGCAGCAGGGGGCCCGGCAGCCACAACCAGCACUGGGAAACACCUGAGUCCAGGCUGGCGGCCACAGUCUCGAGUCCAAGACUAAUGCGCAGAAGGAAAUGGACAGUGAUACAUCAACAUACACAAAUGUGUCUUCUUUUGUCUUUUGAUGCAUUUCUGUUUUUCGACCUUUAAUGACAUUGUACACUGUGGAUUCCCCUUGUAUUUCACUCUACAUUAUAUACGUCAGUCGGCACUCCUGCUGGUUAUCAAAUUCACAAUAGAAAAUAAAUGUAAGAAUAUGCUAUUUCACCAGUCAAGUUCAGCAUCAUCAUAAAGCAAGUAAUAAGUGACAUUAUGGAGAGAAGACAAGCUACCUUACCUUGUAUUGGAUAAUACAAUACAGUACAGUACUUUCCCUUUCUUGUACACCUAAACUGGACAGCUUGUUGACUUUUUAUUUAUUAGAAGAAGUUGCUGCUUACUUUAUAUCUAGCCCAAGAAUUACAAGUUACCAUUCUACUCCAUCUGUCAUGCCCUUCAAGCAAAGUCAACCUCACACCAUCCAGUACAUUCCACAAAUUCUCAUGGUCUUUGAUUGUACACACCAACUACAUCCAGAAGAUUCUCAAUCAGACAGUUGUGUUGUACAUUCUGUUUAUCAUCUGUACUGUACUGGUAAUAUUCUUUGGUAAUCCACACUAUACAGUACAAUACACUGAAUAUUAUUUUGUCAAUUGUAAAAUUUCAUAAGAUAAAAAUAAAAAUCAUACUUG